AUGGAUUACUCUUAUCUCAACUCGUACGAUUCGUGCGUGGCGGCGAUGGAAGCGUCGGGGUACGACUUCAACCCUUGCGGUCAAGGGGGGUCCUUUCAGUACGGUUCGGUCCGGGGGGGGUUCCCCACAGGACCCCCCUGCGCCCCACUCGCUCCGAGCUGCGCCCUCGGAGCUCUUCGCGAUCAUCAACCGCCGCCUUACGCUGCAGUGCCCUACAAGUUCUUCUCGGAUCCAUCCGGGAUCAACGAGAAGCGGAAGCAGCGACGGAUCCGGACGACCUUUACCAGUUCCCAACUCAAGGAAUUGGAACGAGUCUUUGCCGAAACCCAUUAUCCCGAUAUUUACACCCGGGAAGAACUCGCCCUCAAGAUCGACCUCACGGAAGCGCGAGUGCAGGUUUGGUUCCAGAACCGCCGGGCCAAAUUCCGUAAACAGGAACGCGCGGCCAAUUCCAAAGGUUCCGUCGGCACCACCGCUCCCAAGAAAUCCGAUCCGCGUUCCUCUUCCGAAGACGACGAAUCCAAGGAAUCCAACUGCAGCCCAACGCCCGACAGUACGGCGUCGCUUCCCGGAGCUCUCGGAAACUCCGGAGGAAGCCUCAGUCCCUCUCCCGGAACGGGAACAUCCAUGGGAAGCGCUCAUCCGCCUCCAUCCCUCAAGGGUCCCCUUUGGAAUACCGCCGGAAGCUCUUCCAACGCCGCCACGGAGCUCCUUAAAUCCUGGCAACCCAACGAAGCCGUGCCGGGACCUUUUUCCGGAGUCCUUUCCUCUUUCCAUCGGAAACCCAACGCUCUCAAACCCAACCUCUUCUGAGCUUCCCAUUCCCGACGGCUCCGAAACCCAACGGAAAACCCAUGAUGACAUUCCGAAGGCGGUGAAGGAUGAAGUGGGGGAAUUCCUCUUCAUCCUUCGCUCCAUCCGAUUCCUCAUCUCUCCCUUCGGAUCCGUUGGGAAGCAAAGAUGGGCGUCGCUCCAAUCCCAUUCCGGCUCUUCCCGGUGUUCCCGGCAUUCCGGAAGGGGGUUUUUAGGGAUGGAUAUGGGGAGCAGAAUCCGCCCCCCUCCAAGAGAGGAUCCCCACUUUGUGCCGGAGCCGAAGGACUUUAGGGAUGGGGGUUUGGGGGAUCCAGUGGGAAACGGGGAACCCCCGGAAAAGCCGGAAUAGCCCUGGGAGAGAGGGAUGGAUGGCGGCAU